UUUCCGAUUAAGUCAAAUUAUGUGCUAUUAGCAGUUUUUUGGUGGCUAUCCACUGAACUGAGGAAGUGGUGAGUUGGCAAGGUUUGUAGGUGUGUAUAAAUGUGGAGGGGCGGGGAAAAAUCUUUAUCUAGAUAAACACACACACACAUUAUAUAUAUAUAUAUGUAUAUAUAUAAUGAGCCAACAAAAUAUAACCACUGCAUUUAAAUCUUAGAUAAAGAAGAGAGCGGAUCUUUUCACGUUUCACGUUUUUGCUGGGAACAUGAAGACAAGCUGUGUGUUUUUUGUCUUGGGCUUCGUCAUUGUCAUGGCGUUCUCCUCUGAGGCUCAACCUUUCAGCGUGAACCAUGACUCGUGCUGUUUCGAAUUCUUCGAGGGCAAAAUUCCUCCUGCUCAUGUCCGGCAAGUGCAAGUGAUAGAUUCACACUGUCCACAGCAUGGCUUCAUUGUUAGAACAACUAAGCACCAUAAACUGUGUGUUCGCAAAAACCCCUGGGCAUAAUAAAGAGGGAAGUAAAAUAAAAAGGUCGAUGCUGCAGCUUCAACAAGACAGAAAUGCAAAUCCAAUCAAAUGUAUCAAUAAAAUGUAUCAAAUAAACUU